AUGCCAUUACUAACAGAUGUCUUUCAAGAGGUCAGAAAAAAGGACCAGCUGGCGGUCCAUUGUGGAAAAAUUGCAGGUUGUCUGUACAGGAUAAAAUAUGACAAUGGAGAGGAGUGUAUUUCACGUAAAGGGAAAUGGUUUACGCCCAGUAUGUUUGAGAAGUUUGGAGGAAAAGGGCAUCACAAGAAGUGGAAGGGUAGCAUCUAUUACAAGCCAUCAAAUGGCCUUCAACAAGUUAAAUUACUGAAACUCAUUCAAAAUGGGUGUCUUUCAGAAUUUGGACAACAGAGGGAGUCAAUCAGAGAGGUGACACCGACUCUGGAAUCACCUGUAUGUGGAAUUGAAGAGGAAACAGUCCAGCUGGACAGUUCUUCAGAUGAGUCUGUAUCUGUUGCUGAAAAAGUCAAAAUGGUGACACAGACAGAGUCCCGUAAAAGAUUGUUUUCCAAGACUCUGAAAAAACCUGUGUGUGGAAUUGAAGAGGAAACAAUCCAGCUGGACAGUUCUUCAGAUAAGUCUGUAGCUGUUGCUGAAAGAGUCAAAAAGAACAGGAGAGAAUCUGUAAAUAAAAAUCUCAGUAAAUGGAUCACAGAACCUGAAGAAUCUACUGCCAAUGCUAGAGACAGUUCUUCAGAUGAGUUUGUAUCUGUUGCUGAAAGAGUCAAAAUGAACAAGAGAGAAUCUGUAAUUUUAGCUGAAACUCUCCGUAAAAAGAUCACAGAACCGGUAGAAUCUACUGCCAGUGCUAGAGAUUCACCUGCACCUCCCACUGAUGCUACAGAACCUGCAGUAUCAGGACAACUGAGGGAGUCAAUCAGAGAGGUGACACCGACAAAGUCCUGGAAAAGAUUGUUUUCCAAGAGUCUGGAAAUACCUGUGUGUCGAAUUGAAGAGGAAACAUUCCAGCUGGACAGUUCUUCAGAUGAGUCUGUAUCUGUUGCUGAAAAAGUCAAAAUGGUACAGAGCAGGAGAGAAUAUUUGAUUUUAGCUGAAACUCUCAGUAAAAAGUUCACAGAACCGGUAGAAUCUACUGCCAAUGCUAGAGAUUCACCUGCACCUCCCACUGAUGCUACAGAACCUGCAUUAUCUCCUGUCAUAGAUGAAGCUGAUCAGACCACAGAUGAAGCAGCAGGUGAAGCAGCAGCAGCACAGCUGAACUGCAGUGAUUCUCCCACUGAUGCUACAGAACCUGCAGUAUCUCCUAUCGUAGAGGAGGCCAAUCAGACCACAGAUGAAGCAGCAGCAGCUCAGCUGAACUUCAGUGAUUCUCCCACUGAUGCUACAGAACCUGCAGUAUCUCCUAUCGUAGAGGAGGCCAAUCAGACCACAGAUGAAGCAGCAGCAGCUCAGCUGAACUUCAGUGAUUCUCCCACUGAUGCUACAGAACCUGCAGUAUCUCCUAUCGUAGAGGAGGCCAAUCAGACCACAGAUGAAGCAGCAGCAGCAGCUCAGCUGAACUUCAUUGAAUCUCUCACUGAUGCUACAGAAUCUGCAGUAUCUCCUAUCAUAGAGGAGGCCAAUCAGACCACAGAUGAAGCAGCAGCAGCAGCUCAGCUGAACUUCAUUGAUUCUCCCACUGAUGCUACAGAACCUGCAGUAUCUCCUGUCGUAGAGGAAGCCAAUCAGACCACAGAUGAAGCAGCAGCAGCAGCUCAGCUGAACUUCAGUGAUUCUCCCACUGAUGCUACAGAACCUGCAGUAUCUCCUGUCAUAGAAGAGGCCAGUCAGACCACAGAUGAAUCAGCAGCAGCAGCUCAGCUGAACUUCAGUGAUUUUCCCACUGAUGCUACAGAACCUGCAGUAUCUCCUAUUGUAGAGGAGGCCAAUCAGACCACAGAUGAAGCAGCAGCAGCAGCUCAGCUGAACUUCAGUGGUUCACCUGCUGAAAGGCAGAACCCUGUUGCUUCUGAAGAGACUGAGAAGACGGGCCAGAUGCAGUUAAUUAAAUUUCUGGAAAAACAGUUUAAUACAAUGAACAACACCCUAAAAUCAAUUGAUUUGUCUUUAAAGAAGCUGGUGGGAAAACAGUCACAAGACACACUGCCUCAAUAUAUCUGUCUAAUUCCUGCUGAUUUUGAAAAUCUCCUGAUUAAUUCCUUAGUCAAGAAGGAGCCAAUCACAGAAGGUGUGGGUAGUACUGAGGAAGCACAACUGUGAUCUGAGAGGUUAUCAAUAAAUAU